CGCAUCUCUUCAUUUCCCACUUUCUGCUUUCCACUUGUAUCACAUCACCAGCACCCGGCCUGCAGCACAAGCAGCUCGCAUAUCUUCGGCGUUUCGGUGUCCUUGCGCUCAUUCUUACCAAAUAUCUCUUAGCAUCAACUUGUCGACCGACGACAGCUCCAGUUGCCACAUCCAACAUGAAGCAGACCCUGCUCACGGCGUCACUGGCCAUCAUAGCCACUGCCGCUCCAUCUUCCCCUGUCGUUGGAGCAAUUCCCAAGUGGGCAAGCUCACUGUCCGGUGGUCCCGGUGACCGUGAGUGCGACGUCUUACAGAAAGGUGCCGCUCCACUUCCCGACGAAGACACAUGGCAGGCCUUCCUCAAAUACGGGAUGUACUCCAACAUCUCCAAAUCAGCUCCCACACCGAAGGGCUAUGUCCCAGCUUUCAAGGACUUCAGUGCUGUUGUCUUGUCGCCCCACUGUCGGGGUCAUACAAUGCUCAAUGAGUACAGUCCCGAAAUCUGUGCUCGGCUCUGCGACAACCGCCAUGGCUGCGUUGCCUUCAAUAUCUACGUGUCUCGCGGUCCAAGCAAAGUCCCCGGCCCGCAGUGUCCAAACCCUCCUGCUACGGCAGUCUACAACUGUGCCCUCUACGGAAGCCUUAUAACGAACUCUUCCGCGAUGGCCACUGACGUUGCGAUUGGGCCGGCCGAUGCUAGUGGGCAGCCUUUCGUGGUGCGGGUGAGAGGCUCCAAUGGGUACAACAAGGUUGGCCGACAUGAUCUCAACCCAUUUCACCUGCCUCUCGCGUCCAAAAUCAUCUCGAGCACUGGCUUCAUCGGCAGCACAACCAGCCUGAACACCAGCAGUAUCCCAAGAGUCACACCUCCAGCCAAGGUCUCCAGCGUCGCCAGUAACGUCAAAUUCGUCACGCCAACCGGCAGGACCAGUUCCACACUCAGCAAAAGCAGCACCCCGACAGCCAGGAUCACAACGACACUCAAGCCCCCCAACAGCGUGCACCCUCAACCUUCUUUCAUGAGCAGCGCCGUUAACACUUCAACCGUCUUUUCGCCUACCAGCAGCACCCGCACCGUCAAGCCCACGGACCACAUCCUAAACCCACAUCCAAAUCUGUUCAAGAGAAACCUGACGGAAACAACACUUCGAAAAGCAGCGACCUUCCCUGCCAUCCCGGUUCCCAACUUCUUCCAUCACUUCUGGAACCCAUCUGCCUCUCGCCUGGUUCACGCGCCCACAGAGACGGUGACAAGUUACCUGAAUCAAACCACUGAGAAGACGGUGCUGCAACCUUCGACUGUCUACCAGAAUCUCACGGCGACACAUACCAAAUACCAGAACUCGACCGAGACAGUAGUCACUGUGCAAUUCGCCACGGUUACGCAGACGGCGGAGGUUGAGAGGACCGUUGUAGUGCCGCAUACUACGACGGUGGUUGCUAGACCGCCGUGGCACUUGCCGGUGGUUCCGAUGAUGGUUCUCACCAAGUCGAAGAUGCAGCCAACGCAGGCGGCUGUUACGACUACUACGACGGUUACGAAAGGGCAUUGAGUUCUGAACUCAUUCGCAGUUGUUGCGUUGGGUUCUCGGUUCGGUUCGGUUCGGGGCUUUUGGCAUUGGGUGCGUGAAAUCCAGCGGUUCUUGAUGGGAAGGACGUAUGGCGCUUUUCAAAGUUGUUAAUGAGGUUUUCAGGUGAGCCAGGG